CCCUUCCUGCGGCCCGGGCCUUGCUCGGCGGCUCCGCCCGCGCCCCGUUGGCGGCAGCGGGGCGGGACCGGCACCGGCACCGGGAGGCUCCGGCUCCAGGGCUCCGGCACCGGGCGGCGGCGGGUGAAGUUCCUACUGGACGCGCUUGGCAAGAUGGAGCCGCCGACCUCCUCCAGGCUGAAUUCCCGCAAGAGAAGAAAAGAUGGAUCCGGCCCCAACGGGGCGACGGAGCUGGAUGGAAUCCCUCCAAAAAUGUCCCGGCGCUCAUUCGGACUGAAGGAACCAGCUCCGUUUUCAGAUGAAGUGGAAAUCGAUUACACCAAGCCAUACAUCAGAGUGACGUAUGAAGAAGCGAUGAGAGGGACCCCUUUGGAUCGCCCUGUCAGAGUUUACGCCGAUGGAAUAUUUGACUUGUUUCACUCCGGACACGCCCGGGCCUUGAUGCAAGCAAAAAACCUCUUCCCAAACACAUACCUCAUUGUGGGAGUCUGCAGUGAUGAGCUGACCCAUAACUUCAAGGGCUUCACGGUGAUGAAUGAAAACGAGCGGUACGAUGCUGUGCAGCACUGUCGCUAUGUGGACGAAGUGGUGAGAAAUGCACCAUGGACGCUCACCCCUGAAUUCCUGGCAGAGCACAGGAUCGACUUUGUUGCACAUGAUGACAUCCCCUAUUCUUCUGCUGGCAGCGAUGAUGUAUAUAAGCACAUAAAAGAAGCAGGCAUGUUUGCACCAACUCAGAGGACCGAGGGGAUUUCAACAUCAGAUAUCAUCACCCGCAUUGUGCGGGACUACGAUGUUUAUGCCAGACGGAACCUGCAACGGGGCUACACAGCUAAAGAGCUCAACGUCAGUUUCAUAAAUGAAAAGAAAUACCACCUCCAGGAGCGUGUGGAUAAGGUGAAAAAAAGGGUGAAGGAUGUGGAGGAGAAGUCAAAGGAAUUUGUCCAGAAAGUGGAGGAGAAGAGUAUUGAUCUCAUUCAGAAGUGGGAAGAGAAGUCCCGGGAGUUCAUUGGCAAUUUCCUGGAGAUGUUUGGCCCAGAAGGCGCGUUGAAACACAUGCUGAAGGAGGGCAAGGGCCGGAUGCUGCAGGCCAUCAGCCCCAAGCAGAGCCCCAGCAGCAGCCCCACGCACGACCGCUCCCCGUCACCCUCCUUCCGCUGGCCCUUUUCAACUAAGACUCCUCCUUCCUCACCGGCCAACCGCUCCAGGAACGAGUCUGCAGUCACCUACGACAUCAGUGAGGAUGAAGAGGAUUAAGCUGCCAGCCGGGAUUUGCUGUGACCCACUAAUCGCCGAAUCCUAAGUCCAGACCCACUGGGGAACUCUAACUGAGCAAGAGAGCCAUAGGAACAGGGCUGACAGUGAGCACAGGGCCUCGGAGGCACCCGUUGCUCUUAGUGAGGGCUGCUGCCUGGAAGCACAUUCGAACCUCCUCUCCCUUCUCCCCAAAUUCCC